CCAAAACUUAUAAAUAAAAAAACAUUAACGUUAAAAAAUACUGGCCACUAAGAAGUUAUUUAUAUUUUUUUACAAUAAUAUCGUACAUUCAAUUGUUUUUUUUCUAAAAUCUGGAUAUUGGCGGCAAAUUAAAACUUUAUCAAUCAUAAAAUUUAAACUCCUUAAAAUGGAUAGAUUUAUUGUAAAGGAGCCAAGAGUGAACGCAGAUUAUGCUCAAGGAAAUCAAACGAGGCCCCCUUUCUCACUGAAUACAGGAAUUAAUAAUAUCUUGCAAGAAGGUGUAUACUUCGGUGGCUACUGUGCGGAGUUUCCUAUUCAACACGGGCCGGGUUUUAUGCCCGUAACACAUGUUACUGGCCCUUCUGCAUCCUACGUGCCUAAUUUUCCUGGUCGAAGUCAAACCCUGCAUGAUAUUGAUGCCCGGUACUUGGGUACAAGUGAGAAUAAUGCUACUUGCAUUGCAGCAGGUCAAAGACAACAACAGUUGAAGCAAACUCAGAGUCCAUAUUCGUCAAACAUUGGUUUUCCGUAUUUAAAUGACUACGAAAAUCGCAACUUUAUCGGGGCUGAUCGGAACAGUUCCAAAACUUUUACAUCGCAAGUCCAUUCUACUUCUAGAGCCCCGCUGCCACCAUUGCACCGUGAAGAACAUUUGAAGCCCCAAACCCCAAGCCCCAAGCCCCAAACAUUUACCCCGGGCGGCAUUCAGUGUAAUCAAAAUCAGAAACAGCCCAUAAUAACAGCUCCAAUUUCAACAUCUCUACCUGCGGCCAAAGCUCCUUUUAAGGAUAACGACUCGCAGAAAAACGAUACUCAGUUUCCUGUGAAGACGCGAGCUGAAAAAAUACGAGAUCUACAUAAAAGUGGAGCUCGAGCAUUUUCUGGCCCCGUAGAGAAAGUCUUGAAAUGGCACAAAUCAUUGCAAGACUUUGGCCUUCUUGUUCUGUACGAGAUUGUAGCAAAAUGCGUGAGCAUCCGCCCAGGAGAAACAUGUGCUAAACACCUUGUCAUCCGGGACGACAGCGGGCCGGCGAUACAAGUCGUCUAUUACGAGAUCGACUUUCUAUUGCCUGAGCUCCAGCCACCGUGUACUAUCAGGGUGAUAGGCCGAAUGAUGGCUGGAACAUGUCGCCUGCAAGCUUUCAACGUGCGGCAAGCGACCGGUGACGACGUGGCGACGUUGCCGCGACGCGCUGCUGUAGCCGCCCACCACGUCGCCAAACUCUGCAAGGAAUACGGCGUUCCUGUAUAAUCUGCUGUAGGUGUACUCCACGGAAUAGAAGAAAGAGUUUGAAAAGGUUCUAACGCGUUUUUGUAUGAAAACCACUGUCGCCGGUUCAAUCCUACUCUUUUUUACUACUACACCUGCAAAGAUAUAACUACGAUAGCUCUACUGCUUUUCAACAUCCAUAGCCACUUUAUUUGCAAUGUGUAUUUUAUGUGAUAGGCUGCAACUUUAUCAUACAUUUUCGUUAUAAUAAUAUACUGUAUACAAAAGAUUUUUUUGAUAAAUAGCCGACCAUAUUUCCGUGUGUCGUAAAGUUUGCAGACGAGUCGAAGGCAAAGUAUAGGUUGAAUUAUUUGCUCAUAGUUGUUUGGCGCGCGUUUCGCACUUCCUUGGUCAUUCCGACCUCUUUCUUCGAUUCCGUGGUGUACUUAUUCGUUUCCUCGGCGACAAUUAUUUCAAAGUCUUAUCUACAACACUUUACGUUAUUAUACUUUACUGUUAUUAAUAGAACAAACAACUUUAUCUAAG